AUGGCAGCGCGCAUCGCGUGCGCGGCGCGCGCGAUGCUAACCUCGCGCGUCGCCGCGCGCCCUCCCGUGCGAUGGACGCGCGUGCCGCGCGCGUCCGCCGCGUCUCAACCCGCCGCGCCGCCUUUACUCGCGCGGAGCCAUCACGCCGCGUCGUUCUCCGACCGAUGGCGCCGUCUGAGCGCCGCGUCGAGCGCGUGCCUCGGCCGCCGACGCGGCGCGCUCUUCGCACGCGCGGCGUCGACUUCCGACGACUCUCGCGAAAAGGAGGAGGACGCCGAGGAGGACGUCGACAUCAUCGACGAGGACGACGUCGACGCGUGGCUCGACGACGACGACGACGACGACGACGACUUCGACGCGUCGGCGAUGCCCUUCCUCGUCGCGAGCGGGUCCGAAGACGACGACGACGACGAGCCGAUACGCGUGGACGUCUCCGUCGUCGACGGCGACGGCGACGGCGACGGCGACGGCGACGACGCCGCGCCGCCGCUGACGACGGGCGACGACGAGAUCGACAUCGCGACCCUGCGCGACGCCGUCCGAUCCGACGCGAAGAAGCUCGUCGAGUGGAUCCUUCGCCCGCCUCCCGGAACGCCGCUCCCUCGAGACCUGUACUCUCCCACGACGACGCGCGCGGAGUUGUCCGUCGCGCUGUGCGGCGACGCGUACAUCCGCGCGCUGAAUAACGAGUGGAGAGGCAAGGACGUCGCGACGGACGUGCUGAGCUUCCCGCAAGACGCGUUCGGCGAUUUCGUCGUCUUCGGCGACGUCGUGAUCAGCGUGGACGCGGCGAGGCGGCAGGCGGCGGCGAUGCGGCACUCGACGCGGAGAGAGGCGCGCGUGCUGUUGACGCACGGGUUCGUGCAUCUUUUAGGGUACGACCACGAGGAGGGGGAGGAAGAGGCGAGGGAGAUGGCCGCGCUGGAGGACGCGCUGUUGAAGAUGCUGGACGACGACGACGACGACGGCGGCGGCGGCGGCGGCGGCGGCGGCGGCGGCGACGGCGGCGGCGUCGGCGGCGGCGGCGGCGGAUUGAUCUCGACCAGCCUCUCCGGCGCGCGCGGCGGGUCCUCCGCCUCCUCCUCCGACGCGAAGGACGUGCGAACGUUCACGCCGUCGGCUUCCGGGAAGAGCACGCGCAAGGCGGACACGCUCGUCCUCGACCUGGACGGCACGCUGCUGAACAAAGGCGCGUCAUGCUUCCGCCGGUCCCCUCGAGGCCUUUUUUUUUCUCACGCGCAGUGCCUCGUCACCGCGGCGGUCGCGGAGGCGCUGCUCGAGGCGUCCGCCGCGGGCGUCGACGUCUUCAUCGCGACGGGGAAGGCGCGCCCCGCGGCGAUGCGCGCGGCGGCGACCGCGCUGACGCACGGCGUCGACCUCUCGAGUUUCCUCGUGGGACCGCGCACCCCCGGGGUGUUUCUCCAGGGGUUGGACGUCUACGGCCGCGGCGGCGGCGCGUUGUACCGCGCGAAGAUGCCGGAGGACGUCGUCCGAGAGGCGUUCGCGAUGGUCUACGGCGGCGGCGGCGGCGGAAAGAAAACGAACCCCGCCGACGUCGCGCUCACCGCGUUCGCCGCGGACGCGUGCGCGACGCUGCGAUCGCACGCGCUGCUGGACGAGCUCAGCGCGCUGUACCACGAGCCCGUCAGCGAGGAGCGCGACGACGUGGACGCGUUGCUCGCGAGCGUCGGCGCCGGCGGCGUGCAGAAGUUGCUCCUGAUGGCGUCCUCGUCCGCGGCGAUCGACGCGGCGCGGCCGGCGUGGGAGAAGGCGUUCGGGCCGCCGCGCGCGGAGGUGACGCAGGCGGUGAGCAACAUGCUCGAGAUCUUACCUCUCGGGAACGAUAAAGCGCGCGGGGUCGCGACGCUCUUGGCGCACCUCGGCGCGGAUCCCGCGCGGACGGUGGCCGUCGGCGACGGAGAAAACGAUCUCGGGAUGUUGCGGCUCGCGGGGUGCGGCGUCGCGAUGGGGAACGCGGGGGACGCGGUGAAGCGCGCGGCGGAUCACGUGUUGGAGAGGGGUAACGAGGAGGACGGCGUCGCCGAGGCGGUGCAGCGGUUCGUGUUGUGACGGAGCGCGACGCGCGCGAGCGCCGACAACGCGACGCGCGAAACUGAUGAGCGCUUUGAUCUAACGUGCUUCCCCUGACGUGAUGAGGGGUCGUCGGUACCUGCAUAGGAUAUCAUAUGAUAUGAUAGGAUAACUUAGGAGGAGGAGGGGGGGCGUUCGGGGGAGGCGGCGGCGGCGGCGCGGCCGGGGCGGCGGCAUCGCCGUUCGGCGGCGGUGGUGAGCAAACAAGAAGUCAAUAUUCACACAUUCAUAUUCAUAUUC